AUGUCGAGCUGUUCGGGCGAUUCGCUAGAACCCCUGUUCAAUUAUGAAACGAGCCGUACAGGCACUGUAGCGAGGAGUGCUACGGGAUCUUCCGAGGCAUCUACUUCGCCGAACCCUUCCAACAAUCCUGCCAAGGAUCAGGAUUUGUCGAAUUCUCCCAGCCCUUCUGGCGCUUGUUCCGUUAAUAACGAGGUGUCCGAUUCGACGAGCUGUUCUUGGGGUCCCGUCAACCAAGAGGAGGUUGACUAUACCGCGGUUAAGGCCGAGGAAGAAGUGUUUCCUUUCAACCCGGUUGAGGCGAGGCUCGAAUUAGAGCGGCUUAUAGCAUCCCGAGGUGCUUCUUCUUCUGGGAAGGGAAAGCCCAAACGGGUGAAAAGGCAAAAACCCGAUCCUCCCGGUUCCACACUCGAGGUGUUGCGUCAUCGCUUUGGAAUAUCCGAAGCGGUUGAGUUCGUCGUUCCGGAGAAGAGUGACCGAGCCGACAAGCCUCCCGAAAAUCACUUCACCUUAUAUGAGGCGUUUUUUGAGCUCUGCUUCCUAUGGUUACCAAUCCCCGGGGUUAUCCUUGAAUACUUGUGGGAGCAUGGGAUUUUGAUUGGGCAGAUUAUGCCGAGAGGUUUGCGACAUAUGAUCGGCAUCACGGUUUGGAGCUUCGAAUGCGGUGUCGAAGUCGAGCUCGGUCAUCUGCUCAACCUAUUGGAAAUCCGGAGAGCCCCGGGAGGAGGCAGAUUUUAUAUUUCCAAUAAGUCCAAUCGUCGGAUCAUAGGCGGUUUCCCGAGCAAAGAUCAGUUUUGGACUGAACGUUUCUUCUAUGUUUUGGUGAACGAGGCAUCGGUGGGCGAGGGUUUUGUACAUAAAACGAAGACUGUUUGGAGACCACUUGUUCGGAGUUUUCUUCCUCCUGUUCCCAACGACCUUUUCUCUGUUCGAGAUACUCUCGCGGCUCGGAAGGUUAACUGGAGAAAGCACUUCUCCUUUGAGAGAAUAGAGAGAGUCCGAGCUAUCCUCGCCGGGGUGUCUAUCAGUUCCUCUUCAUCAAAUUCAUCGGGAGAUACGAGAGAGAAAAUGGUGAUUAUUACGCUCAGGGAUAAGAAGCGACGCGAAGCCGAAGAGAUUGCUAGGAGAGCCGAACAAGCAGCUCAUGUGGUGGCUGAGGCGGUACCUCGGGACGACCCACCGAGGCUCGAGGGGGAAGAAGUCGCCCGAGCUGCUGACGAGACCGCUCUCGAGGCAACGGCGCAGGAGGCAGCGCCCGAGGUGGAACCGGGCGAGAUUGUUCCUGCCGCGUCUGGGGAGAAUUCCGCGGCUCGGGAUAAAACUCCACCUACCUUGGCGAUUCUGGCCCUUCCGAAACAAUCGAGGCCUCCGACUUCAAAUCUGCUGAAGCAUGAUACCAGCAGGAAGAGGUCGGCUAUGGAAAAGGGCAAGGGGGUGGCCAUCCAAAAGGACGAGCCGUCCAAAAAGAAACGCAAGCCGGCGCCCAGCGAGCCCACAUCUCGUAAGUUGGUUGUUGACGACCCGGCUGCUUCCGCGGUGAUAUUCGCACGCAUCAAUAAUGCCAACACUCGUCUUCCGCCUCCCGAUCAACUGAGGCGGUCGAAGUCCUAUGCUGCCAUGGCGCAGCGCGGUACCAAGUUUGUCGCGGCUAUCAACGAGAUGAUGGCCGGUUAUGAAUUGGACUUGGUUAAAAACGAGCGCUACUUGGAGGAGGCUCGGAAGAAGGUGAGGCGCGAGCUGACGGCUAAGUUCCAAGAGCGUCUCGCCAAGGUGGAGGAAGGUCUGGCCAAGCUGGAGAAGGCCAAAAGCGACGAAAACGAGCUGAGACAGAUCAAAGGAAAUCUCGUUAUGAUUGAGGAGCUUCGGAAACCCGACGGAUCUUUGGACUCCGAAGAGGCAAAGUUGAAGGUUUGGGAGGCCGAGUAUGUCGACGACGAGGCGUAUGACUGCAUUGCGUCCGAGAUCCGAGGUGGCCUAGUAUACUCGCCUGUGUCGCCAGAUUCUGACGAUACCUUUUUAGGUAACGAGCUGAUCGAGGAGACGGCGCUAACCUCGGUGUUGAGGAUCCGACCGGAUCCAACGCGGGUACUCCUGUUCUCUCGAACCUCCUUGCUGAGCGAGAGACGCGUUGUGCUGCUUGAUUCCUCUCCUUUCUCCCUUGUCUCUUACAUUCACUCUUUUGUACUUAGUGCCUGGAUGGCUUUAUCCUCUUUUCGAACUCGCAUGUUUCCGUGA